AUGCCGGAGGACGAUGCACAAGUGUCGCAGGUCCUGCUGGACAUCCAGUCUGGGCUCGAAGAGGAACACAAGGGCGGCCCUGUCAGAUUCAAAGAGCUGUUGGCAUGGGGUCCAGAGCAGAACCUGCGGCGAAUGCUGUUUACGAUAUCAGUGCAACCCGGCCAGCAAUCUAGUGGCUCGAAUACGUCGGUACUCCCAACAUCUCGUUAUGCUCCGACAAUAUUUGAAGGAAGCAUGGGAUUGAACAGAAACCUCUUCCUCAUCCUCGGAGGCGCAGCCCAGAUUACAUACCUGAUUGGAAGCGCGAUCCCCAUUUUCUUAAUGGACCGCUAUGGGCGGCGAAUCUUGCUGAUGAUCCCCUGGUUUCAUCCCAGCGAGAUCAACACGGCGAGAGUCAGAGCUAGGAUGCAAUCGAUUGCUUCUGGCUGGAAUUGGAUGGCCAUUUUCGCUGUGGUGAAGAUCAACCCGACUGCUUUCGAGAAUAUCGGAUGGAAGACAUUUAUCAUAUUCGCCAUCCUGAAUGCCCUUUUUAUCCCAAUGGUCUACGUCCUCUACCCUGAAACUAAAGGUCUCGAGUUAGAGGAUAUUCCAUUGCUAUUCCAUAAGGGCGGCGUCACUGGUGGUCUUCUCAGCUCUCGCGGCAGGGCUGAGACUCCGGGCCGGCAUGCACAGGAAACCAACAUCGACGACAAACAGGGAGGGGUUAUGGAUGAGGUGGAGAGCGUAAUUCGAUAG